CUCAAAAUGCAGCUUCCUGCAGUGUCACCGCAUUCCCUGAUGGCCAGCUCCAAAAAUUUCCGUGAAUCUUCACCUUUUCUGCUUGUACGAUGCAUUGGCAAAGACGACGUCAGAGGCCUUUAGGAAAAGUACACCUCUGAUGAAAUGGAGGAUGUGAAGGCUUGAGAAAGCGUCUUUCCAUUGAUCACAUUUAUCCUUCUCCUCAUAUCCCUUCCCCCUACCUACUCCCCACUCCCCCCGCCAAAAGUCAGUUACCACUUGGGGCACAGUAUAGUGCCCAUAUUGUGCGGUGCGGGUAGACCAUGAUGCAUCUGUCAUGCCAUGAGGGAAGGAACAAUUUGAUCACUCAUUUACAUGUAACUUGCUGCGCAGUAUCGAAUAACAGGAUGGUUUACCUCGCCGCCGCUUCCCACGGUUUUGUUAUCACUGACCGUGUUUUCAUCCCUAAUAAAUGGUUCCGGAGCUAACUUCCUCCUAGUCACGUGAGGGGAGCGGGGAUCUCUCACUCUCACAGGGCUUGUUUCUUUCUUCUUACAUGGCAGAGACAGGCAGGCCAGGUGAGCUAGGUAGGAAGGGGAAACACAGCAAGUAGAUGAGUGCAGGGUCCAAACAAGCUCUCAAUCUCCCAGACUGCAAACUCCGGCACCAACUAUAUCUCCAAAUCACAACUACUGUAACCCCCAAUGAAACCCCACCAGUCCGUCGUAGCUGCCCAACGGUUGCUAAAAACUGUCAAGGGUUACGAAGAUGAGGUCAUUGGAGUCGUGACGAGCUGUGAGUAGAGAUUGCGAAAACGCCGUACUGUACCUGUACGAGUAGCUAAGUUUCAUUCCGGUUUAAGUAGCCCCCCUUCCCCCCUACUCUACCGGGCUGAUAUUUUGUAGCAGGACUUUGGGGUUUAUUUAGAGCGCCUUUUCGGAAAAAGUAGAGUAUAUGCACUGUUGAACUCAAUCAAUUCAAAUAGUUCAAUACACAUUCUGAAAACACGGCAAAACACAAAGCACAAUGCCUCGAGGACCAGAGACUCCGAUACCUAUCCGGGCAGGAAUCCUCGCCCUGCACCUCUUCACCGACAUGAAUUGGGUUGAUAUUUCCACAAAAUUUCUGGUUCAUCCAGACACCGCGAAAAAGAUUUGCCAGAGAGCAAAGGUGAGUGAAUUGCAACCAAAAUCCUACGAAUCACACCUAUCCUAGAUCGCGCUAUUCGAUUUAUCACUACUCGAGUAUCCGUUCCGUCUUCCCUGUUGCCCGCUACCCUUCCCCUCCUUCCUCCUACCUCCACUCGCUUUUUAAUUCCGUCCAAUCGGAACGGUUUAAAUACCAGCAAAUUUCUUUUUCCAUUUUUUUUCCUCUACUAAAAUAGCAACCAUCACAGGAACGGGCUACAGACGACUCGGUAAACGCAUUGUUUGCUGCCCUCGGCGAUGCAGAGCGUACAGGUCGACCAAGAAAGCACAGUGAGGGAAUGCCGUCCCCGACCCCAGUUCAGAUGCAUUCUAUACAAGAUGUUCCCAACGGUAUUCUCCACAAUGAGCAACACAAACUCAGCGUUUAACAGCGACGAGUCCCUACCAACUCCUUCGUUGUGAUUGUCCAUGUGAAUCCCGCAAAAAGUACCGGUCUUAGGGAUUCUGGAUGGGUUAAGAGCAGGGUGGGUUCAUUAGGGUUUAGGGUUUUCGUUUGUCACAUUUUGAGUUCUUGUUUCCUCGGUUCUCAUGAGCCUUUUUCUUCAUCUUUCGAAGCUGGGAGUCGAGGGAAGGAAUUGGGGCCUCGUCUCCAUCUCGAUAGGAGGUCGUACUGGGAUCAUAAGGUUUCUUUUCUCUUGCUCUCACAACUCCGCCGCAUACAAUUGGGAGUAAUUCCCCGAUAAAUUCUACGUCUUUUGGUCUUUCUCUUACAUCCUUCAUCAUACCUAAACAUUGUUUUUUAGAUAUUGUGUUGAUGCCCUCCCGAUUCUUGGGUCAAGAAUUGAUUGCUCGCUGGCUUGGUGCAAGUUUUUUAUGAAUGGACAAAAGCGAACAAGACCAACCAAUCGCGGACGGAUUUUUACACCAUUGAACAGAAGCUCAGUCUAACACCUUUGCGGGAAUACAAACCCUGCUCUCUACGACAGGACCAUUUAGGGUUCGUACUUUCCAACUAUAAACAACUUGGGCAACGUUCCUGUAGACCUGACAGACUAUCAUACCCACAGCAUCUAUUAAGUUAUACUAGUGCUAUGCCUUUGAGCAGCUGUGAUGAAGGGGUUUGAGCUAGGAUAGCGUGAAAAUCCGGGACACCCAGCACUUUCUAUGGGAGCAGGGGUUAGAGAUUUUUAUAUUUCCAUCCGACCAGAAAACACCCAUAAUCUAGGACAGCACAACAUAACGAUGCUAGCUUAAACCAGUGGAUAAGCAAUUGGGAAGCAUUGCUUUCGUCCAAUCACUACUUGAUGGGGCAUUCCUGGUUAUUUGUUUGUAGACGAGUGAGACGCAAGCCAGGUUGACAGUGUCAAAUUCCAUACUAAAUUUCUUGUAUUCUACUAUGACGGGUGGGCCAAUGCCAAAUCCCAUACUCGAGUAGCUAGCUAUUCACGGGAAUAAUGAUAUGGUUUUGACAUUGGACUUGGACCCUUGCACCAGGGUUCCUUUUGCACUACUCGUACGGUUACUAUGAUACUUAACUUUGUCCAAUCUACGCGCCCGAGGUUUGGUCUGAAUCAUGAACUGCCAGGAUCGUUUGCUUUUUUGGCUUGGCGCGUCUUGUGCUUUGGCACUGUUGCACUUUGUGUGAUGAUAUCGCCGAUAAGAUAUUUUUCCACACAACAACGCCUUUCCCUCCCCAGCUCCCAGGAAGGAAUCCCAGACACUACCGAACCGACCAUCAGUCAACAACCCCCCGUUCCGCGCAGUGCAGUACUGUACCCGCACACAGCGUAUUCUAUACCCUCUAUAAUAUUUUACCCUACGAUACACCUCCUUUGCUUCGGGACACCGAUUGAGAGUGUUAAAAUGUCCAAGGAUUCUAAAAGAACUUAUGUGCACCUUUCAAGUGGACGGACGGCGGAUUUGUUUGAGGAGUUUUGCCGCGAUAAACUUCCGAAUGAUGAUAUAUAUGUCCCACCACACCAUCAGCCCAUCAAUCCUGAAGACGAGGAUGAUGUAAUCCCCGAUCAGCAUGCCGCCUUUGGUAUCGCACAGGCCCAGCAGAAAAAGCACGAACCGGCCUGGAAGGAUCUUGGGUUAAACGAACUUAUGGCGAAGGGCCCGAAGCCACACUCAAUGACGGGCCCAUUGGGGAGGCCGCUCCCCCGGUAAAUUGGGGGAUCUAGCCGAGGGUCGGUAACUCCAAUAGCAAGUAUUUACAAGAGGGGGGCGAUGUAUGUCGGGCAGGGGGAUACACAAGAUGGUGGGGGAUGGGAAGGGAAGCGGAGGAUGUCUUAGAGUUGUCUCAUGCUUGUAACUUUAACUUGGCUCACACCACCAUCCCCGGCUUUGGUUUUCCCUAUCUAU